AUACAAUAACCGCUCCCCGCAUACUGCGCCAUCUACGAAAGGGAAACCACUCACUUGGAACGCGAAUAAAACAUGUCGGCAAUCAAGACACUGAACCCCAAAGCAGAGGUUGCUAGGGCAGCUCAAGCUUUAGCUGUUAAUAUAAGUGCUGCGAAAGGACUUCAGGAUGUUCUUAAAUCCAAUUUAGGACCCAAGGGUACUCUUAAAAUGCUGGUUUCUGGAUCUGGUGACAUCAAACUGACCAAGGAUGGAAAUGUGCUCCUGCAUGAAAUGCAAAUUCAACACCCAACAGCUUCUCUGAUUGCCCGUGUAGCUACUGCUCAGGAUGACAUCACUGGAGAUGGAACAACGUCCAAUGUUCUGAUUAUAGGAGAGCUGCUGAAACAGGCAGAUUUAUAUAUCUCAGAGGGACUACAUCCACGUCUGAUAACUGAGGGAUUUGACCUGGCCAAAAGCAAAGCAUUACAGGUGUUAGAGGAAUGUAAAGUGUCGCGGGAAAUUGACAGAGACGUCCUGCUACAGGUGGCUAGGACCUCUCUCCGUACCAAGGUCCACACGGAACUAGCCGAUCUGCUUACAGAGGAAGUUGUAGAUGCUGUCUUGGCCAUAAGAAAAGGAAAUGAACCAAUUGAUCUACACAUGGUUGAAAUCAUGGAGAUGAUGCACAAGACAGACAUGGACACUACCUUGGUGAAGGGAAUCGUGAUGGAUCACGGAGCGAGGCACCCGGACAUGAAGAAGAGAUCAGAAGAUGCCUUCAUCCUCACAUGCAAUGUCUCGUUGGAAUACGAGAAGACUGAAGUCAACUCUGGUAUUCUGUACAAGAGUGCUGCUGAGCGAGAGAAGCUGGUAAAGGCCGAGAGAGUUUUCAUUGAUGAACGUGUCAAAAAAAUCAUAGCUUUGAAAAAACAAGUCUGUGAAGGAAACAACAAGAGCUUCUAUGUAAUCAACCAGAAGGGAAUAGAUCCUAUGUCUCUUGACAUGUUGGCAAAUGAAGGCAUUGUCGGACUGAGAAGAGCAAAGAGGAGAAAUAUGGAAAGGUUGACUUUGGCCUGUGGAGGAAUCGCCAUGAAUUCUGUGGAUGACCUUACGGCUGACUGUCUAGGUCAUGCUGGUCUGAUCUAUGAACACGUUUUGGGAGAAGACAAGUUUACUUUUGUGGAGCAAUGUAAAAACCCAUUGUCAGUCACUCUGCUAGUUAAAGGUCCAAACAAGCACACACUGACCCAGAUCAAGGAUGCCAUCAGGGAUGGACUCAGAGCUGUCAAAAAUGCCAUUGAAGAUGAUUGUGUAUUGCCUGGGGCUGGAGCAUUUGAGAUAGCAGCGUAUCAGGAACUGAUGAAGUUCAAGAAUGAGGUCAAAGGCAGAGCUAGGCUAGGUGUUCAGGCUUAUGCUGAUGCCUUGUUGGUUGUUGUAAAAGUCCUGGCUCAGAACUCUGGUCUAGACCCCCAGGAAUCUAUUGUCAAACUACAGGAGGAAUAUACAGGUCCAAAGCAAGCUGUGGGACUGGACAUCAAAACUGGGGAAGCAAUUCUACCGUUAGACGUUGGAAUUUUAGAUAACUAUAGAGUCAAGAAACAAUUACUUCACUCCUGUACUGUAAUAGCAACAAAUCUCUUACUAGUAGACGAAAUAAUGAGAGCAGGAAUGACGUCAUUGAAAGGAUAGCAUUGAACAGUUGUAGACAUUAUAUACCUGUGGAUUGCAUGAAAUCUUUGAUACUGAACAACCAUAUUCUUUUGUCAUUAAAUAUUUAAAGAAAA